AUCUCAUGUGUAGAGAGAGAGAGAGAGAGAGAGAGGGAGAGAGAGAGAGGCAUGGUUGUGAUAUCACUGUACAGAGGAAAGCUCCACAAGGUCCCCGACGUUCCUAGGAAAUGGCUGAUGCCCCAACACUCCAUCUCCCUUCGCGAUUUCAGGAAGUUAUUGCAGAAGCGACGCAAGGCUCUCUCUCUCCUUCAAACCAACAACAACAAAGAGCCGGCAAAUUCUCCUCCCCCAAGAAUGGCAGAAGGCAUCGGAGACAACGCCAAAGAGCCCCAACACACAGAAACUCCUCCCCCUCUUUCUCAGGAAGCAUCGAUUCUCCAUUCCCCUCACCAAAAUAAAACGCCCUACAUCGAAAACCCUAGAAAUUCAGAGUCGAUUGAGGUGCUUAACAAGCCAGCGAUUAUCGAUGUUGCAGAGGAGGAAUCAAAGGAGAAAGUUGCAGAUGAGGAGAAACUUAAGUGCCAAGAAUCUGCAUCGAUUUCAAAUUCAAAAUUUGAGAAAGAGAUUCCCGCCGAAUCCGCCAAGAAGGUGGAGAAUCCACAGUCACUUGAGGAAAAAGUGCAGAAGAAAAAGGACCUGGAGAAAAAACUGCAUAGAUUAAAUGAAGAAAAGCACAAUCUGGUUCAACUGCUUAAGCGGAUUUUGAAUGAUGAAGAGGAGAUGAAGAAAAGAAAUAGCAUUCAGAUGUCAGGUGCUCGUGCACCUAAUCCUUUGCAAGUUGAGACCACCGUUGACAUGGGAUCUCUCACUCGCCAAGCUUCUCCUAGAGUUGGCACAGAGCCCAUAGUUAGUAGUGAUUUGGAGAUGGGUGAAUGUGAGGAUGCUACAAACCCUACUCCUCAUACACGCAGUUUGCACCAUAUUUGCGGUAUUUCUCCUUCUACUGGUGGUUCUUCUAUUCAAAGGCUGCCUCAGAAUCAUCUUCAAAAUAAUCCGGUCUCACAGACUACUAGAACAAGUGCAGGGCAUAAUCAAACCGCUUCCAAUUAUUUUUCUGGUGUUUCAGCAAGCCCUUCGCGGUUUGCACCUAUGAGCGGUGGUAUCCAAACCCACCAUUCUGGGAAUCCGCCACUGUUGUCGGUUUCGGGGGCAAUCACGACUUCCUUACCAUCUCCUGCAGCAACAAGUGGCACUCCAUUCAGAGAUUCACGUGCGAUCACAACCUCCUUGCCAUCUCCUGCAGCAUCAAGUGGCACUCCAUUCAGAGAUUCACGCACGAUCACCACCUCCUUGCCAUCACCUGUAUCAUCAAGUGGCACUCCAUUUAGAGAUUCACGCCCAAUCACAACCUCAUUGCCAUCCCCUGCAUCAUCAAGUGGCACACCAUUCAGAGAUUCAAGUAGGCCCAGUCCAUCAUGGAACCGCAGAUGAAAAGAUAAUUUCAAAUCAAUUGGUCUCAGAAGAGCUAUAAUUUGCCCCUACGGUCCAAUUACUCGUGCGUUGUGUUGUACAUAAUAUCUUGGGUUUCUGUGCUUUAGUUGUGGCUUCCAAACAAACCCAUUAAUAUAACAGCAUUCUUUUCUCCUUAAUAUGUGAUUUAGUAUUGCAGGGAAAUGGAUUUUGGUACCUUGUUACUGAAAA